AGACAUAGAGCAGCCAUUCAUUUGGGAAUCUCAUCAUCUCCUCUUCUUCUCUCUCACCCACAAACACAAAACUUUCUAAAAACCAAUUACCAUCUAUUCUGCAACUCCCUCAAUCACCAUCCCCACUUUUUCCCUUCUCUAUUUCUUCCCCCUACUGAGGCCUAAAACUCACUCUUCUUCUCUUUCUUAGCCUCCUCUCUUCCCCCAACUAGUUUUUUUAGCUCUUUCCUUUGAAUUUCCUAUCUGGGUUCCAAACACUUAGUGGUGACAUGGGUCUUUUUGCAGCCUUGGCACAAAUUGCUGAUUGAUAUGGGGUUCUGGAAUUGAUUCAGGAUCGAGAGCAAGACAGAGCUGAAAGAUUUGGUGCACCAUCGGGGAAGAUAGCAAGAGUAUAUACUUAUGGCGAUUCACAGUUUGACUGCAAUAAUUUCUGCUUCAACUGGUCCAUGGAAGCCCGGAGGCUUGCUAUUCUCUAUUCGCAUCUCUGCCCAAUUAACUUGGGUCGUAGCCCAGCUCCUCUCUUAAAUCUUUCCUCUUCGAGCUGUGAUUCUGGAUCCAAGAGUAAGCAUCUAAUUUAUGAUUCCCAAAAGGGGAGUCUGCAAGAUGAUUGUGUUUUCUGCAGGAUUAUACGAGGCGAGGCACCUGCUUUUAAGCUCUAUGAAGAUGAUAGUUGCCUUUGUAUAUUAGACACUAGACCACUGAGUAAUGGGCACUCUCUAAUUAUACCAAAAUCUCAUUAUUCUUCUUUGGAAGCUACACCUCCUUCUGUGAUAGCUGCAAUGUGUUCUAAAGUUCCCAUCAUUAGCAAUGCAAUCAUGAAGUCUACUGGUAGUGAUUCAUUCAACUUAUUAGUUAACAAUGGUGUGGCCGCUGGUCAAGUUAUAUUCCAUACUCACAUUCACAUAAUUCCACGCAAGGCGAGGGAUUGCUUAUGGGCAUCUGAGGUUAUGCAGAGUUUGGAGAGAAGAACGCUAAAAUUUGAUGAGGAGGCAUCAAGGCUUGCAAAAAGUAUACAAGAAAUUUUACACAGCACCAAAGAGAAUGAUAGUAAGGUUCAAGAAUCAAAUCUCACUGAAAAUUAGUAAUAUAAUUAGGCUGCUGCUGCAAUUUUAGCUUGUAUUAUUUUGUACCAUAUUCAUGUAUGUGAAUUACAGUUAAUUCUUUUUAAGCACCAUACAAUUGGAUACUUAACAAACAAUAAGGCAGGAAAAAGAAAGGUUUGCUUGUUGAUCUGGUUGUAAAGUUUACUUGUUGGGUGUGGUGCAAAGUUUAUGAGAAAAAGAAGAGAGAAUGAUAGAAUCCCAUUGGUUGGGAGAAAUUUUAUUAUUUUCACUUCCUAGAUUUGAUGAUGUAAUGUAAUUUCAGUUUAUACAUUCAAGUGAAAUGUUUGUCAUUUAACAAAA